UUACGUCACCUCCGGUCUCUCCUUCCUGCAUCAAACAAACAUUAGCUCCGCAGCAGCUCCAAGCUAGCCACUCGACCUGUGCGAAAAAACGGCCGUUGUCCGCCAGCAUCAAUGAGCCGCAGAAGGAACCGUGGCUCGGCCGAAGCCGGGCUGUCACCCGAACUCCGCGGUCCCUUCAUCGACUUCUCUGGUUCUACGAGUCGCGGUGACGACGAUUUUCUAGAACUGGAGUCCGACGAAGAGCUGCUGUGCUCGGUCAGCGACAUCACCGAGCACCUGGGCAGAAACAUCACGGUGGUUCUGGAGACGGCGCUGUCAGAGAUCCGCAAGAUGGUCAGCAUCCGAAUACGAGUCCUGAAAAUGGAGCUGCUCGAGAAAACCCAGGAGGUGGACGCUUUAAAGGCCAAGUUAGACGCCGUCCAGAGGGACUCUAAAGACGCCCUCCCCGGUUUGACGACGGCCGCGGAGCUGGCCGCGGAGGCCGGCUUCAGGAAACAACACGACCUCAGCGGCGCAUCCAAGCACAACAAUAGCGACCCCCGGAGGGUCAAAGCCCCCCUUCCCGGGGUCAAGAAGGAGAAUAUCGAUGCGAUUUGCGAUUAUCUGAUGAAGGACAAAAACUCAAAGGGCUGCGGUGACUCGGAGGACCAGGUCAGCCACGUGGAUCAUAAGCCAGAGCCGCAUUCGCUCCACCUGUGGGCGGACGGCGGGAUGAGCAGCUCCGGGCCCCCGCAGGGAGACGCGGAGGCCGCCACGGAGGACAUCUUCAGCCUGCUGCCCUCCGGCAGCAAGAGGAUGUACGAGUGCGAGUGGAUGGCGCCGAUGGAUUACUCCUCUGUGCCGAAAGUGCUGAAAGAACCCGCCAAGGAAAACGUUCAGCACAGUGACGUGGAGGAUGGCGCGAGCGAGGACGAGCUGGCUGGCGCUGGAGGCGGUGGACCGGAGCAGAUCCAGGCCUCCAUCUCCCAAGUCCAGCCUGCAGAGUUUUCUAUGGGACCCCAGAGCUCUCCUGGACAUGCAGGGAGUCCUCUGGAGGGGACCGCAGACCCGCCAGAGUCAGGUCAGCAGUUUACGGGACACCCCUACAUCUGCUCGCUGUGUGGAACCUUCUGCCCCGACUCUCUGUACCUGGAGGAGCACAUCAGGCUGAUACACGCUGACAAUCCGGCUCUAAAUGAGCUGCAGUCCACCUCCGAUGCUGUGGGAAAUGGUAGCGGGGGCGACAACAGCGGCAGCUCAGGGGCGGGCCAAGGAGGCGGACCCACAAAGAAGGAGCUCAAGAUUGAGGGGGGGUACGAAUGCGGGGACUGCGGCCGGCAUUUUAACUAUCUGGGCAACCUGCGGCAGCACCAACGCAUCCACACGGGGGAGAAACCCUUCAUGUGUCCGGAGUGUGGCGAGAGAUUUCGCCAUGCCGCCCGCCUAAAAAGCCACAGGUUGGUGCACAGCGGCGCUCAAAGCCCCUUCCCGUGUCCGCAGUGCGGCAAAGGUUUCUCGGUUCUGUCCGGACUCAAGAGACACCAAAGGGUGCACACAGGCGAGAGCCCGUAUGCCUGCCCCCAGUGCGGCCGGCGCUUCAAAGAGCUGGGUAACCUCUACACCCACCAAAGGAUCCACAGCGGCGCCACGCCCUACUACUGUCAGCAGUGUGGGCGGAGCUUUCGCCACCUGGGUACCUACAAGAGCCACCGCUGCAUCCCAGCACAGUCAUAAGCCAGUUCAACGGGCCAUGCUGCUGCUCUGGGACUGCCAGGGCAGUGGGAGCCGAGGGUCAAGAGGAGAACGGGACCGGAAGUGCAGCUGAAGCAUCAGACUUGACGCUCCCCUCCUGCUGCUGAUGCGGACUUUGAAAAGGAAAUACGAUGGCUGCAUUUACACCGUUUUAAGGAACUGAACUCUGCCAAAACUUCUUGUGGGUUUACUAAAGUGAAAAGGGUUCUGUCGGGAGGUCGAGGCAAAUGGGAGUUUUUUUCUGAGCUUCUGUUCUGGCAUGUAGCAACAUGACCAAGUCUCCCAGUGACCUCCAUGAGUGUCAUAGCAGGAACAAAAACUAAAAAGCCCAGCAGUCGAUUUCCACAGAGAAGAGCGACUAAAGCUACAUUCACACUGCGGGCCGAAACGACCCAAUUCAGAUUUUUUUUGCCCCUAUGUGACCUGUAUCUGAUCUUUUCCUGACAGCCUGGAUGACACAGAUCCGAUCUCUUCAAAUGUGACCCAGGCCACUUGUGUGUGUGGUUCUGAAUCCGAUACGUAACCGAUCUUUUUUAAUGUGACCUCCAUCUGAACGGCCAGGACGUUGUCGAUACGCUACAAAUGUCGUAAUUCUGCGUUGAAGUAGGCGGGAACGAGAACGUAAACACCAACGAUGCUGCUGAGACCAGUCAGUGGAAGGGAAACAAGGUCAACGAUUUCAUUAAUA